ACAAAAAAAUAAGCAAGCGGUCAAAUGGUACUCGCGGGAUCGACUACACCGGCUAAUGGGGUGUUGCAUAUGCAGAUGAACGCCAACAAAAAAUAUGUUCUAAUAAUACAUAGUAGUACGUGCACUGCACAACUGACGGGCCAAAAUUGCAAGACUAUGCCAAAAUACUAUGUGGACCGGUCGAAAUUGCAACUGCGCAAACGCUACAAAAAACCACUCGCACACGAUAAAAUCUCGGCAAAGACUGAAUUGAUGGUGGCGUGCCGUCACUGGAUAUUCGCAGUCGUCCACGGCAACGUUUAUAUGCACCGUCAUUCUUGGCCAUCUUGCUAUCAUGUGGCUGGCUUAAAGGUUGUGGAGUACGAGUAUUUUGUGUGUAAGGAAUAGUGGUUAAAGAAGAAGAAU